AUGUCGCUCUUCGGAACGUCCCCAACCGAUGACAACAGGCCGUCGACCACAUCGCCCAGCAAGAACCUCGGCAGCAGGGCUGGCCUGUUCGACGAUGAGCCCUCCCAACGGUCGUCCUCUGCCGGCCUCUUUGAUAACGACGGCGAUACCGGCGCGGACUCACCUUGGUCGAUGCCCUCUCCGCGGAAGCAACAGUCUCGCGCCCAGAUCGUCCGCAACCUCCUGCCUGCAUCCGACGUACCCGAAGCAUACAUUGAGACGUUCGACAUCAUUUCAGAAGGCAACCCGAACGUGACUUCUGAUGGUGUGGCCAAGGUAUUCGCUGCGGCGAGACUGCACGAGCAGGCGAAGCAAAGUCGAAUUGUGUCGCUUGUAGCGCCAGACGCUGAGGGUGACAACAUUAGCCUGAACCGCGCUGAGUUCAACGUCUUGCUUGCGCUGGUUGGCUUGGCGCAAGAGAACGAGCAUCUGAGCCUUGAUGGCGUGGACGAACGAAGAAGAAAUCUACCUCAGCCCAAGCUCUCCGGCCUCACCGCAGAACCCGUCCUGCCGCCCGUUGAGGAACUUGCUGCAAAGCCUCCCCAGACGCCCUCUAAAGAUCAGCCAUCCAAGCCCAGCCCCCAGCAACACUCCAACUCGCAGACCCGUAAUUUCCGCCCAGCCAUGGAUGAUCCGGAGGAUGAUCCAUGGGGUGCACCCGAUCUGCACAAGAAUCAUAUUCACAACGGAAUCAAACCGAACGGUACAGAGAGUAAUGGGCAUGCUUCAUUUGGAACCACUCCCGAGCCUGCAAUAGCCCCUCAGCCAGCCAGCCAGCCACCGGCAGAGACUCCAGCUUCAACGAUUAGCCGCGAAACAGGCCCGAGUGCUGGUGCUGGAUGGGGAUACUUUGAUGGAUCCGGUGCUGGCGCCGGAGCUGGCUUCAACCAGCCUUCACAGGAUCCAGUGGCGAGCCCCUUUGGUAGCAAUCCGGGCAUAGUGGGGGUUAGAGACGGUGGCUUGGGAGGCAGCGGCGGUCCUGGCCGCACACCGAGCAGCAAUCCUGCAUUUCCUCAAGCUCGCAGCCUCGGGGGGAGGACUGGCAGUAGUGUGGAGGAGAAUAUCUUGGUUACACUAAUGCCGGAGAAGGAAGGCUUGUUCAUGUUCCAACAUCAUAACUACGAGGUUUCUAGCCAGCGGAAGGGCAACAAGGUCAUCCGCCGCUACAGCGACUUUGUCUGGCUCCUGGAUUGUCUUCACAAGAGAUACCCAUUCAGGGUGCUUCCCCUUCUGCCACCCAAGCGUGUCGCAGUGAACGGUAACCAUCUCUCCAACGACGGCGCUUUCAUUGAGAAGCGUAGACGCGGGCUGGCUAGGUUCUUGAAUGCGUUGGUUAGGCACCCUAUUCUGAGCCAGGAGCAGCUCGUUGUCAUGUUUUUGACUGUCCCCACCGUUCAGGAGCUGGCUGUUUGGCGAAAGCAGGCCACAAUUUCCGUACAGGACGAGUUCUCCGACCGCGUACUGCCCCCGGGCCUCGAGGAGUCUCUGCCGCCGACCCUGGAGGAGCUAUUCCUCAGGACAAAAUCUGGAGUUCGACGAUCUGCAGAACUCUACAUUAACGUCUGCAACAUCAUGGAUCGGCUAGUUAAGCGGCAGGAGGGCGUUGCAGCUGAUCAUGGACGCGUAGCUAUGAUGCUGACCAGCCUGAUGGAGACUUCCGAAGACACGUACGCCACGGACAAUAACGAGGUACCUCUGCUUAACGAUGGUCUUAAUGCUAUGAGCAACCAUCUCCGCACUUCUCAGACCCUCAUGGAAGAGGAGAGCCGGGCAUGGGACCAGGGUGUGCUUGAGGAUCUGAAGAGACAGCGUGACUCUCUCGUUAGCAUCCGAGAGAUGUUUGAGCGGCGCGAGAGAUUGGACAAGGACAACAUUCCUUACCUGGAGCGAAGGAUCCAGACGAAUGAGAAUAAACUGGCCGGCUUGCGGGCCAAGCCUGAGGGAACGGUCAAGUCUGGUGAGAUUGAACGUGUCGCAGAGUCCAUUAUUAAGGAUAAGGAGUCUAUCGUCCGACAGCACAACCGGAGCAUCUUCGUCAAGGAAUGCAUUCGCGACGAACUCAUUACUUUCCAGACCACCCAGUAUCAUGUCAGCUACUGGAACCAAGAUUGGGCUGGAGAACGAGUCAAGUAUGCCGAAAUGCUCGCUGACAACUGGCGCCGGCUACUUGAUGAACUUGAAGGCAUGCCUCUCGGGGAUUAA